CUAGGACCGUCCCGUCCCAACCGCCGCAUGCAUGGACAGCGAAGAGCGAGGGGGGAGGAAAGGUGCAAAUGGCCCGCCCUUUUUCCUCUGCAGUUCUCAAUCAGGUCGUACUUCAGGCAAUAUACAGAGACGGCCACCCAUUCUCGCUCCACAGCUUUGUCUGUAGUGCUAGCGAACAUGUCUGGUCGUGGGAAGGGAGGCAAGGGUCUCGGAAAAGGAGGCGCUAAGCGUCAUAGAAAGGUGCUGAGGGACAAUAUCCAGGGCAUAACCAAGCCAGCAAUUCGGCGUUUGGCUCGUCGUGGGGGUGUAAAGCGCAUUUCGGGCCUCAUUUAUGAAGAGACUCGGGGAGUGCUGAAAGUAUUUUUGGAGAACGUGAUCCGAGAUGCUGUUACUUACACUGAGCAUGCGAAGCGGAAGACUGUGACUGCUAUGGACGUUGUUUAUGCACUGAAGCGUCAAGGUCGUACUCUGUACGGAUUUGGAGGCUAAACCCGUGCCUGUAAAAUGGUCUGUUAGAAAACAUUUGUAACCCAAAGGCUCUUUUCAGAGCCACCCACACUUUCAUGAAAAGAGCUGCUGUUCUUGGAGAACUCUGGGACAAGGAGUAUUCAUGCCCUUGUUUAUGUAUUCCUUAAUCAAACUAAUAAUUAUUUAAGGUGAAGCGAAAUUUAUAGAAUGAUUGUACUGUUUGCGCUAUAAAUAAAGGGUAAGGUAGUCCUUUAG